GAGCAUGGCAUGGACUGGCAUUUCUGGCCCGCUGCCCGACACCAUCAGUGCCCUCACCGCCCUGCAAAACAUCUAUGCGCCAUCCAACGCCAUCACAGGAAGCAUCCCCUCCACCAUUGCGGCCCUUUCGCUCCUCGAGUUCUUUGCCACACCCGCGCGUGUGGCGAGGAAUCCAAUUUCUGCCUCAGGCUGCGCGUGUGCAUCACCCGGCACCCUCCGGCCGUUGUGGCGCUACUCAAGAGAUUGCACCAAAAAUGCAACAGGGUUCCGGCUCAUAGCCUCGAGCCUUGACCAUCUCG